AUGGCGACGACGACGACGUGGGAAGGCUGGGUGCACAAGCAUGGCGGGCUCUUCCCGAGCUGGAAGAAGGUCUACCUCGUCGUGCGCGGGCGCCAGCUCGUGUACCUCGACAGGGAGGCGAGCAACCCGCGCGCGAAGGAGAAGGCCAAGGCGACGCUGACGGCCGUGGCCCGCAGCACCGACGUCAAGAACGGCUUGACCAUCACGGGCGCCGACGGCAAGCACGCGCGCAUCUACACAAAGACGAGCGAAGAGGUCACGGGCUGCCUCAAUGCCAUGAACGCGGCGCUGCGUCCCGAGCCCAAGCCGCGGCCGUCCAUGGACGGACUGCCCGCGACGCACGCCGGCUGGCUCGGCAUGGACGCGAAAGGGCCCAAGAAAUGGUACUUUGUGCUCACGGGACCGGAUCUGAGCAACUACGAUCGCAUUGGCGGCGCCGAGAUUGGCCGCGGUCGCCUUGCCGACAUCCAGCCCGCCGAGCGCCCGACGUCGUUUGCGUUUGUCUUUACAAACGGUCGCGUCUUGCCCGUCGCGGCCGAGUCCGCUGCGGACGCCGACGCCUGGAUCAGCGCCGUGUGCAGCGUUCUCAACAAGCCAAAGCCCAUGGCGCCGCGCCACUCGAUCGACGCACCACUUGCCGGUCGGCCGUCGUCGCGCGAGCUGGACGAAACGCCAGUCUCGGAGCCCAAGCCCGUCCGCGCGCCCGUCGUAGUACCGCCGCGCAGCGACCUGACGCCCGUACGACAGCCACAAGUGCAGCACCGAGUGCAGCACGAAGCGCCAGUGCAACACCAUGCACCGACACCAGAACCGACGAUCGCGCCGCCGAUUGUGCCCGAGCCCGAGGUCAAGCAACCCGACUUUACGCUGCCGCCGCCCGUCUCGAGUGGAGGGAUGAAGCCGCGCAAGUUUGCGCCGGCGCAGCCGCCGAAAGCGCCGCUGAUGAAGCCGCCGCGCGCGCCGCAGCCUCUGGCGCAAGAAGCUCACUUUGCCAACAACGCGGCCGAGGUGUGGCAAAUGACGGACCCGUCGCUCGUGCAGGCGUGGGUCGAGCACGGGAAGGCGGCGCCCGUGUCCGCGCCGAUGCCGCCGCCGCAACCAACGCAGAAGCUCUCGUCGUUUUUGGACAAGUACAACGUGCGGCCAGAAGGCAUGGCCGCAUCGAAUGCGCAGACGUCAUUAUAA